GGGGAUCUCCGGUCGCAGUCUUGAUCUUACUUUCUUCCCUAGAGCACAAUUGUUACUAUUGAUUUUUUUUUUAAAUAGAAGUUCGUGUAGGUGGUGACAUUUAAAGUUAACGGAAAAGUGUAAAGUGCGUGAUUACGAAAAAUGAAGUUUCUGAUUUUUGCAGCCCUGGUGGCCUCGGCUUAUGCCUUCCCUCAGCGCAACAUUGAUUAUGAUCAACAGCAACAGCAUCAACAACAUGCACAGCAUCAGCAGCAUCAACAGCAUCAACAGCAUCAGCAGCAUCAGCAGAACAUUGAAAAACGAAACCAGGAAACGACAACCUGGAUUCCGAUCCUCAAAUACAACAAGGAACAAGGCGAAGACGGUAGCUACAAAACGGAGUACCAAACCGGCAACAACAUCGUCCACGAGGAGUCCGGCUAUCUGAAGGACUUUUCCGAUGCCCACCCGAAUGGAAUACUGGUGCAGCAGGGUGCCUACUCGUACGAAGCCCCGGACGGUCAGAUCAUCCACGUCCAGUACACCGCCGAUGAGAAGGGAUUCCGUGUGACCGGUGAUCACCUCCCCACCGAGCCACCAAUUCCGGCGGGUAUCCAGAAGGGGCUGGAUGAAAUCUACGCCGGAAUCAGGCGCCGGGAGCAGGAAGAAAAGUCGAAUCCUAAGUACGCGGAAACGGCUGCCCAGCGAGCGGAGCUGGACUACCACGGGCAGUAUUAUCAUCAGUAAAGGCGGUAAAGCGGUUUAUUGAGUGGAACUUUGUUUAGAGCAGCAGUUAUACGGUUGCCCGGGUGUGGUGCAUCCGCGUGUAUUUAUAUUAGGAUUAAUUGAAGUUGACUUUCCUAACUGAAUAAGUCUGUUGACAUGUACUUCUAUCUUUGAUUCCGAAGCCCUCGAUGGCUUCGAAAAUGACUAAUGUAUAAAGAAGACUGUGAUUUCCUUUCUUCAAAGUUGGUGUACCAAGUGAUCGCUGACGUCGGAAUAAAUUUUACUACGCCAUCAAA